ACACCCCCACCCCACCCCCCUGAGCUAGCUAGUGGCUAACACAACAUCGAGUGGCAUCAAACUUCAGUGAUUUGGAUUAACGGAGGAAUAAAGCGGCUCAGUCAUGGCGGGUUCCGCGCUUUCCAACGCCGUUUAGCGACCGGAUAUGGAUCCACGACGCGGGAACCGGCGCGCGAUUUUAGAAACGAAUUAAAUGCGUGUGUGAAUCUGUGAAACAUUAGUUAGCUUAGCGGCUAGCGUUUUUGGCGCUCGGGCUAAUUUUGAGCUGUGCCGUGAUUGAGCGUUAGCUUAGCUACCAGGCUAACGGCUAAGUUGCCUGUGGAGUAGUUUUGGGGUCCGUGCGUUAGCUUAGCCAGCUAGCUUCAACUCCACAGCGCGGAGUUAUUUACACAAUACUUUUAAUAGCAAAAGUACAUUGGAUUAAAACCCAACAUAUCUAUUCAGUCAUCGUCAUCCUCCUCACUGAUGAAGAAUGAGUGUGUGUUUGGUGCUGGGAAGUGAAUCAGGAACCCUGAUGGCUGGAUCUGGGUAUCAAAUGGUUGUGUGAAGAACCAUGGGAAGCUGCUGGAGCUGUCCAGAUAAAGAAUCCAUACCUGACAAUCACCAGAGCAAGUUCAAGGUGGUGAACGUUGACGAUGAUGGUAACGAGCUCGGUGCUGGGAUCAUGGAGCUGACCGAGGACGAACUCGUUCUCCGCACACACAAGUGUGAUGCUGUCAGGUGGCCUUACCUGUGCCUCCGUCGCUAUGGUUACGACUCCAAUCUCUUCUCUUUCGAGAGUGGCCGCCGCUGCCAGACUGGGCAAGGAAUCUUUGCGUUUAAGUGUGCUCGAGCAGAGGAGAUCUUCAACAUGCUGCAGGACAUAAUGCACAACAACAGCAUCAGUGUGGUGGAGGAGCCUGUGUUUGAACCUGCGCUCACACACACACACGCUGAACCGGACGCUCCACAAACGCCUCGUACUCCCACCGGUGGUGCUCUUCCUGUUUUACCCAAUGGUAGUCUGCGGUACCCUUCACUAGGUGACGCCUCCUCCCACCCCUCCAGUAGGCACCCCUCAGUGGGCAGCGCCCGCUUGCCGUCUGUGGGAGAAGAGUCCACUCACCCGCUGCUGAUGCCUGACGACAGCAUACGGGGCCACACCUAUGUGAACACUACAGGCCUCUUGGAGGAUCAGCAUGCAGGAGCAGGACACGGUGACCCACCUGCCCCCCAUAGCCCUGCCCCAGAGGGGGAGGAGCCUGUGCAGGCCCCAGACCCUGGUCCUCGUGUACAGUUGGAGCGUGAAGGUGUGAGGUUCGUGUUGGGGCCGACGCCCGUGCAGAGGCAGCUCAUGGCCAGGGAGAGGCAGCAAGAUGGAGGCGUGUCGUCUGGCUCCACUCUAAACUCGGCUAAUGGAAGUGUGGCCACUACAGAGGCAGCUCCAGUGCAAUCAAACGGUCCUGUAUUUGGCCCAUCACGUCGCAGGCCCCGCCCCCCACCUCUCAGCCCUGACGCUAACGUGAACAACUCGGCCCAGCGCAGAACGGCACUGCUGGACUACGAGAACCUUCCCUCGCUCCCUCCACUGAGAGAGGACCCUAAAGCAGGUGACGAGGAGGAGGAUCAUGACGAGGCCGCCAGGACCAAGACCCAGCCCCCCAACGGUUACCACAGCGCAGACUCCGCCCACCUCUACAUCAACACAGAGAACGUAGCCUCUGCGAUGUGGCCAGAUUCUGUGCCUCUGAGUGCGGGGUGGGUGGAGUCUGGGCCGCUAAGUGCCGGGAGGGUGGAGUCAGGGCAUUUCAGCGUGUUUAACUUUGACCUGCGGCGUCCAUACGAGCCGCACACACUCAACUACAUUGAGGUGGAAAUGGACCCGGGCUCGGACUGCAGUACGCCCAGGACACCGCACACGCCUGCCUCACCGCGCCCUCCCACGCCCACCACCGCCCCAUCCACGGCCACACCCACGCGCAGGACCGAACUCUAUGCAGUGAUCGAUGUGGAGCGUACGGCAGCCAUGUCGAACCUGCAAAGAGCGCAGCCUCGCUAUGAUGGUACGUCCAGGAAAACCAGACACAACAGCGUGGACCUGCCCAUGUAACCGCACCCACUCCACCUGACUGACCCUGGCCACUUUCUUUAUCUCUAAAACUUUAUAAGAAACCUUUAAAAGGCACUCUGCAGUUUUUGGAACGCUGUAGAGCGGAGCGAUGGUUUUACUUGUAUUUGGCGGCUGUGCACUCGCCAUCCUGCGCCCAGGCGUGACCUUUAAGACCUUCACCACACAGCUGGACUACAGUCUGUGUCCAUUCCAUACAGAUCAGUAUUACUGAUGGAGCAUUCCUGUUUGUUUGUUUGUGUUUUUUUGUUUUACUUUUGUAUUGAAAUGACACUACAGGUUGUUUAUAAUUUCAUUAUCCAGGGACUUUACGGUACACGACAGCUGCCAUCAUGCUGACUACAUUUAGAUUUCACUACAGCACAAUAAAAGACUUUAUUUUGUUUGAUUCA